AUGCUUAGGUGGUUUGGAUUCGUCCGUGAGCUCAUUGUGCCAAAUGGCACUGUCAAUGAUGAUCGCGACACGGGAGGUGGGGUCGUGAAUGAAACGGAGAUGCGAGGCAGCCAUAUCAAUCCAAUCGACAAAGUGUUCCGAAUUCAUCGAAUGAUCGGUGUCGCAAGUAAAUAUGUCGACCGAUUCUUUGUGAAAUGCACUCUCUCUCAUCGUGAUAGUAGAGAUGAGCACCGUCCUCGCGCAGAUCAUCAAUGUGGCGAAAGUAGGCGGCUCGUUGCGCAACAAACGAUAUCCCUUCAAGAGGCACGGCCACCUUACUUGUCCGUUGGUAGACAAAGCCAAGGCUUCUCAAAUGGCGCCACAGACUCGUCUCAGAUUGGACUGGAAAGUCAGGAUGUUCAUCGUGAAUAUACGCAAGCAAAGUGGCAAUCAUCGGAUAUUUCUUUUCGGCGAGAAGAAGAUGAACGUGAUAUCGAAUCGUGUCUUCGGCUAGCUCGCUGA